UUCAGGCGGCGAAUAUGAAGUUCCUGCUGAAGAAAUGCCUGCGCAAGAAGGCACCGGAGAUGAAGCCCGGGGCCAUCUUGGAUGCAGUCAUCUCGCAAUCUUCGGCCACUGCCUGCAAGUGCUUACUUUACAAGCUGGCGGACUACAAAAGAGGUGGCGAUCUCAUCGACGCUAUUAAUUCGGGUGGACUGAUUGCUGUGGAGCAGCUAAUCCGCGAGCAGUUCGGCGUAUUCAUGUACAACGAUGGCAAGGGACAAGUGAUCAACCGGGCGGAGUUCCUGCGCUGGAAGUACCGUGAUCACACCGAGGUGACCAUACCCAUUGAGGCGUCACUCUCUAUCCACGAUCCUCUGGGCAAGUGGGAGGACCACAAGGCCUGCUGGCAGAUGCAGUACCGCGGCGCCUUGGGUGAAAGUUUGCUUCAUGUGCUCAUCAUCUGUGAUUCCAAGGUGCACACCAAGCUGGCGAGAGUGCUGCUCAGAGUGUUUCCCAAUCUAGCGCUAGAUGUGAUGGAAGGCGAGGAGUAUCUGGGUGCCAGUGCCCUGCAUCUGUCCAUUGCCUACAGCAACAACGAGCUGGUAGCGGAUUUGAUUGAAGCCGGAGCUGAUAUCAAUCAAAGAGCAAUUGGUAGCUUCUUUCUGCCACGUGAUCAGCAACGGGCGCAUCCGGCCAAGAGCACCGACUAUGAGGGGCUGGCCUACAUGGGUGAAUAUCCUUUGGCUUGGGCCGCCUGCUGUGCCAACGAGAGUGUCUACAAUCUGCUAGUAGACUGCGGCUCUGAUCCAGAUGCCCAGGACUCCUUCGGCAAUAUGAUUCUGCACAUGGUGGUGGUGUGCGAUAAGCUCGACAUGUUCGGCUAUGCACUGCGACACCCCAAGACUCCGGCCAAGAAUGGCAUUGUCAACCAGACGGGACUGACUCCACUCACACUGGCCUGUAAGUUGGGUCGAGCUGAGGUGUUCCGCGAGAUGUUGGAGCUGUCCGCUCGAGAGUUCUGGCGGUACAGCAACAUCACCUGUUCCGGAUACCCACUUAAUGCGCUGGACACACUUCUGCCUGACGGAAGGACCAACUGGAAUUCCGCCUUAUUUAUUAUCCUAAAUGGAACCAAGCCCGAGCAUCUGGACAUGUUGGACGGCGGCAUCAUUCAGCGUCUUUUAGAAGAAAAAUGGAAAACAUUUGCACAGAACCAGUUUCUGAAGCGCCUGCUCAUUCUGUCCACCCAUCUACUGUGCCUCUCCGUAUCAGUUUAUUUGCGACCUGCUCACGAUGGAGAAGGUGAGGGUGAGGAUUCCGACGGCUCUGAUCCAUCGGCAGCAGCUCUCCAGGAUAUUGAAUCAGAUGGCGGGAGCGAUGGCGACAGUGGUGACUAUAAUGCCCAAACGGUGGCCCGUUAUUGUGCCGAGUUUGCCACUUUAGCAGGAGUCCUAAGUUACGUCAUCUUCCAGCAAGGAGACGAGAUCAAGAACCAGGGAUUAUCCGCAUUUCUCAAGCAACUGUCCCAUGCUCCGGCCAAGGCUAUUUUCCUGUUCUCCAACUUACUAAUCCUGGCAUGCAUUCCAUUUCGUCUUAUUGGAGACACCGAUACCGAAGAGGCCAUCUUGAUCUUUGCUGUUCCAGGUUCUUGGUUCCUUCUUAUGUUCUUCGCAGGUGCUAUUCGGCUAACGGGUCCCUUUGUGACCAUGAUCUACUCUAUGAUCACGGGUGACAUGUUCACUUUUGGCAUUAUCUACUGCAUUGUUCUGUGCGGCUUCUCGCAGGCCUUCUAUUUCCUGUACAAGGGACAUCCCCAAGUGCAGUCCACUAUGUUUAACACCUACACUAGCACAUGGAUGGCCCUAUUUCAAACGACCUUGGGCGAUUACAAUUAUCCCGAUCUGAACCAGACUACGUACCCGAAUCUCUCGAAGACCGUGUUCGUCAUCUUUAUGAUCUUUGUGCCUAUUCUGUUGCUUAACAUGUUGAUUGCCAUGAUGGGCAACACCUAUGUGACCGUAAUCGAGCAAUCAGAGAAGGAGUGGAUGAAACAGUGGGCCAAGAUCGUCGUCACUCUGGAGCGUGCAGUGCCGCAGGCGGAUGCUAAGGGCUAUCUGGAGGCCUACUCCAUUCCACUGGGUCCAUCCGACGAUUCGGGAUUUGAAGUGCGCGGCGUGAUGGUUAUUAAGAGCAAGAGCAAAACGAGGGCCAAGCAGCGAAAAGGAGCCGUCUCCAACUGGAAGCGUGUGGGUCGUGUAACACUAACGGCGCUCAAGAAGCGCGGAAUGACCGGAGAAGAAAUGCGUCGUCUCAUGUGGGGCCGUGCUUCGAUCUCCAGUCCCGUAAAGGUUACCAAGCAGAAGCUAAAGGAUCCCUACAAUCUGCACACAGAUUCGGAUUUCACAAAUGCCAUGGAUAUGCUUACCUUCGCCAACAAUCCGGCCUCCUCCAAUGGCGUUGUUCUACGAACGGUGACAGCUCCUCCGCCUGCUCCUCCAGCACCGGAUCCGUUUAGGGAACUGAUCAUGAUGUCGGACCAGCGACCGGAGACCCAUGAUCCCCACUACUUUGCCGGUCUCCAGCAACUGGCCAAUAAGGCAUUUGAUUUGGUGGAGCAAACGAUGAAGACGCAACCGCAGGCGCCACCAGCUAAGAAGAUGGAUCCCUUACCUGUCGCUUCUAGGGCCACAGCAUCACCUGCCGUUCCUGCAACUGAAGCUCCUCCUCCAGACUUGAUGGCCAUACCCCUACCAAUAUCCAAUUUGAGUAAUCUGUUCCAGGAUCCGAAAGACAUCGUUGAUCCUAAAAAACUGGAGGAGUUCAUGGCCAUGCUGGCCGAAGUGGAGACCGAAGAGAGCGACAGCGGUGGACCAAUUCUGGGAAAGCUCUCUCUGGCCAAACGGACGCACAAUGCAUUGUCUAAGGCGGAUAUAAGACGGGAUCAGCAGGGAUUCGAGAGUCACAGCCACGGUCAAUUUCAACCCAUGUCCUCGGUGUGGGCACCACCUGGCGUGGAUGUUGACACGGGCUUUCACUUCGAUGAGGCUGUGUCGGAGGAGGUGCUGACCAUAGAACAAGAAGCAGAGGUGGAAACCGAGGAUGGAAACGGUGGUCAAGAUAGUGAGGACCUACCCACAGCGGAAGAAGUACACGCCACCAUGAAACAGUUUCACCUGCGCAAGUGCCAGCCAGCACAAGAUGAGGCCGCUCGUCGGGCCAAGAGUGCGCGUGUUCGUCGCAGGAACAAAGUUUCGCCGGAACAGAGCGAUGAUCCUGAGGAGUGCAGACAGCGAGGACGAUCGGCUUACACCCGAAAAACGCAAUCGCCACCGGAUCCCCUGGAACCAUGGAGCACCCGCGAGUUGCAGGAUAUUAACAAGAUCCUGGCCAGAAAAUAAAUACAGAGCGCGAUUUUCUGGCACAUAGUCCUUGGUGGCUUAUAAUUGUUUAUCAGAGCUUAGCUUAGUUAGAAGUACAAAUACAUAAUAAACCGCGGAUGCCACGCGAAA